UUCUCGGAGGCAUUCCGGCCUGUUGUGGAUCCCUUUCUUUCCAGUCCCGCCGCUGAACAGUUCCCCCUUCCUUUCCCCCGAGUCGGCGAAAUGUCGGCAGUGACAGCGACGAAGAAAGAGUCGGAAUUGUCUGGCCAGAUCGAGGACUUCGUGGCGCUGCUGAAGCGGGGCGGGGAGCAGCCGCGCUCGGAGGACGCUGCCCGGCAAACCGUGGGGCUGCUUCGGAGGAUCGUGGCUCACGGGCGCUGGGAUAAUGCGGGAGAGCUGAUGGAUUUGAUUCGUAAGGAAGGCCGGAGAAUGACUGCUGCGCAGCCAUCUGAGACCACUGUGGGCAACAUGGUGCGACGGGUGCUGAAGAUAAUUCGUGAGGAGUAUGGCAGGCUCAGAGGACGCAGUGAGGAGAGUGACCAGCAGGAGUCGCUGCACAAACUUCUGACCUCAGGAGGUCUCAAUGAGGACUUCAACACCCACUAUAGUCCACUCAGGGCUAAUGUAAUUGAAGCUAUUAGUGAGCUGUUAAUUGAAUUAGAGGGUACAACCGACAACAUUGCCAUGCAAGCACUGGAGCACAUCCACUCCAAUGAGGUGAUCAUGACCAUUGGCUAUUCACACACAGUGGAGUCAUUCCUGAAGGAGGCAGCACGGAAAAGGAAAUUCCAUGUCAUUGUGGCUGAAUGUGCACCCUUCUGCCAGGGCCAUGAAAUGGCUGUUCGUUUGGCCAAAGAGGAUAUAGAAACCACAGUCAUGAGUGAUGCAGCCAUCUUUGCUGUUAUGUCUCGAGUCAACAAGGUCAUUAUUGGGACAAAGACUAUAUUGGCCAAUGGUGCAUUGAUAGCUAUCAGUGGGACUCACACCUUGGCAUUAGCAGCCAAACACCACUCUACUCCUCUCAUUGUCUGUGCACCCAUGUUCAAGCUCACACCACAGUUCCUUAAUGAAGAAGAUUCUUUCCAUAAGUUUGUCUCUCCACAGGAAGUAUUGCCUUUCACAGAAGGAGAGAUUCUGUCUAAAGUCAACGUUCAUUGUCCAGUCUUUGACUAUGUUCCUCCUGAACUUAUCACUCUCUUCAUCUCAAACAUUGGAGGCAAUGCUCCUUCCUACAUUUAUCGACUCAUGAGUGAGCUCUAUCACCCGGAUGACCGUGAACUCUGAACUGUGGACAUAACUUAUCACAUAAUACAUUUAUACAUUGAUUUCCAUGAAGAAAUAAGGUAUAUAAAUAUUAGGCAGCAAAAAACUUGACACUGCUGUCUUCAAAACUUGCUGUCCUCUGACCAUGCUUUUCACUAUCAGCAAAACUGCUCCUCUCAAGCUGUAUGUGUUUGUUCAGCUUUAUUAAACAACAGAAGGUAAUUCCUUCCCUGCAAAUAUUCUGGGUGAGCAUCAUUGUAUAACAGUCAACAGUGGAAUGCCUCAGUAACAGCCUAAUCGCAGAAGGAAUUGCAAUAAAAGCUACCUUCAGUCUGUUAAAUGCCCUAGUGAAAGGCUCCUCUGAGUCUUCCACUUUACUGUUUGAAGCAGCAGCUAUGGAAGCGGGGGGCGCAUUUCAAUGCCACCAGAACCUAUAAACAAACAGUCAGGUUUUUGUUUUACUUAGUGAGGGUGUUUUAUACCUUCAGAAAUGGCAACACAGAUUACCUUUAACUUGCAGAUAGCAAUCUGUUGCUAUAAGAAUUAGUUGCAUGAAAAGCCCUUUUUGAUUCUUAUGACAAUUCACAAAGCAGCUUUGGCCUGCAUUCUGUGUUUCCCCAUGAUUAAUUAGCAUUUGAGUACAAUGCAUGCUACAGAUGAUAUCAAAACACUAGGACAGGUUGUAAUAUUGCUUGGCGUAUGCAACACUUGCAAUCAAAAUCGUGGCCACGUAUGUGGUCUUGGUUUAUGAUAGCUACUGCUUCCUCAGAGUAAAGGGUAUGUUGUUAAUUAAAAUAGUCAUUCCAGUGUCUUUAUUUACACAGUUUUAGUGCAAGAUGGAGACCUUCCCUGUUCCCCAGGAAAACAGAACUUAGUUUUUGCCUCCAUUAGGGAUAUUUGAAGUACAGAGUUUUGGGCUGCUUCUGCAAUCAGAAUGCUGAAGUGCUUUCUGCUGCUGCGCUUGCAAGGCUGCAAGAUGGGCCUCACCAGUUUGUGUUCCAGAGGAGGAGCUGCUG